UUCCGAUAAAAGUUACAUGCAUGUGUUAUAUAUUUGCAUUAUAUUUCAGUUUAAGUAAUGUAAAAGAAAGAAAAAAGUCUGGAUUAAGAUGGAAUGGAAUAUUCUGACCAGAAAGAUACAGAUUGUUAAAUUGAUUGUGAUCUUGUGUGUUGUUUGUCUUUAUGCUGACGGUAAACAUAGAUCUAUUACUUGUUCAACAGAAAAGAGAUGUCAGUGUAGUAAAUGGGGAAGUUUUGUGUUCGCUAAUUGCAGUGGAUUAAAUUUAAAACUGUCGCCAAACUUUACAAAAGAUGUUGCAAGUAUUGAUCUGGGACAGAAUCUUUUGAAGGACAUACCAUUUAAUUUACCACAUCAUCUGACACAUCUAAACCUUGCAGAAAAUCCACGUAUAAAGGCAGUCAAAAGUAAUGCCUUCACAAGACUUCUAAACCUUCGUCAUCUUGUUUUAUCACGGUGCAAUCUAAAACAUAUUGAUUCGGGAGCAUUUGAGAAAAAUCGUAAACUUGAACAUUUAGAUAUAUCGGACAACCAGGAGCUCACUUUAUCUGUAUUGAGAAACAUAUCAUUUGAUUUAAGGCAGUCACAAUUAAAAUAUCUGUUUUUAAAUAAGGUUCAAUGCACAUAUGGAAUUACAACUGUUUUUCGUUUCGAGUACAUAAAGCAUCUCAAAAAUACCCCCUUGAAAAAAAUGUCCAUAGCGUCGAAUAGAAUAACUUACUUUGAACAUAAUGUUUUAGGUAAUAUGCCAAGCUUCCUCGAGGAAAUAAAUGUAGAGGACAAUUAUCUAUCAUUUGGGAUUUAUCUGUUUCAAUUAAAUCGCCUUAAAUCUUUGAAAUAUCUUAAUGCAAGUUUUCAAAGUUCGUUUCACAAAAAAACCUCAAUCUAUAAUGCUUGUAACGACUCUGGAAUG